UUGCUUUACGGAGUACUGAACAGUUCCGUUUGGGAGUUUUCAGUUUUGUUGAAAUAUUUCUACCAUUUAAAAAACCUCUUUGAAGAAAAAGGCGUUUGUAAUGGCUAUUCCAGUGGCACCUCAACCAGUCCAGCAGCCAAAGUCGUGGGAGCUUAGCUUGUAUGAACUCCAUCGCACACCUCAGGAAGCCAUCACAGAUGGAACAGAGAUUUCAAUUUCACCUCGCAGCCUCCACAGUGAGCUGAUGUGUCCCAUUUGUUUGGACAUGCUCAAAAACACAAUGACAACCAAAGAGUGCUUACACAGAUUUUGUCAGGAGUGCAUCAUCACUGCUUUAAGGAGUGGAAACAAGGAGUGCCCAACAUGUAGGAAGAAGUUGAUUUCAAAGCGCUCCUUACGUCCAGAUCCUAAUUUUGAUGCACUCAUUGCAAAGAUUUACCCAGACAGAGAUGAAUAUGAAGCUCAUCAGGAGAAAGUUCUACAGAGAUUAAAUAAACACCAUAACCAACAAGCUUUGACCAGUAGCAUUGAGGAAGGACUUAAACUCCAAGCAAUAAACAGAGCACAGAGAGUGAGAAAAAGAUCAUCGGAUGACCCAUCAGCAGCCCCAGGGAUCCCAGUUACGCCAGGUGCUACAGGCCAACCACCAGCAGGAGAAGGUGGAAGCAAUGUUGUACGUAAGAGACAGAAGACUUCUUCAGAUCCUGAAUCCGAUGCAAGUGAAAGUAAGUUUUACACAGGACACAUCAGAACCAAGUGCUAUAAUGCUGCGUCAGUAGCUAAAAUGAUUGUGUUAUUGCAGGAGAUAGAACUGGUCUUUAAACCACACCCCAAAGAUCAUGACCCAGAGACGGUGGCUCAGCAAACGCGCUACAUUAAAACUACAGCUAAUGCCUCAGUUGACCAUCUUGCCAAGUAUCUUGCCAUGAGACUGGCGCUAGAGUCCCAACAAGAGGAAACUGGUGGUAACACAACUGAAGAGACCAGUGAAGUCCCACAGUUCACAAUAUACAUUGCAAGCAUGCCAGGACAGUAUACACCUCUUCCCGGUUCAAUGAUAUUGGAUUUUGUCAAUGAGAAGUAUUGGAAAGUGAACAAGCCAUUGGAGAUGUAUUAUGCCCUUACCAAACCACAGAGCUGACAGCAUUCAUAAGCAUUAUCAUACAGACCUGCCUCAAUUUUGUCUACCACAAAAAAAAGCUCUAAACGAGUGACAGGCUGCUGUUUGGACACUUCCAUUCUUUUUUCGUUUAACUCGGUUAACAGCAUAGGCUCCUUGCUGUAGUUUUGUAAAGUACUUAAAGAAAAUAAUAUGCAUUCUGCCUAAUUUGCAAAGGUUCUUCAUGUUUUUGUUCUGAGUUUAUAAUGCAACCUGACUUUUUGCGAUUCACAUUAUGUUGUAAAAAUGUGUCAGUGAUUGUCAGGUAACUUUAAGUCUAAUUUAUAUUGAGCCUCUCUUAGGAGCUACAGGAGACACUUUGAUGUUUUAAAACCCUCUAAGUAGACCCAGUUAAAUGUUUGUCAAGGGUAUAUCUUACUGGGUAACUGUUACAAAUUGGCAUUUGAAGUUAUGACAUGACCUGUUUUGGGAAUCUUAGUUUCAUCUCUCUCAUAUUGCUUGGCAGUCUUAGCUGAAAUGUUGAUUAUGCUUGAUCCUGUAUCAGAAAAGUAUUGUACCUUUGAUUACCUUAUUUGUUGCAAUUACUUUGUCAAAUAAAGUCAUUUGUAGCCUGUGUGUAUACAUUUACCAAACAGUUGCAUUCACAAGGGUGUUUUGUGAGGUUUUAUUAUUCCUAGUUUUUAUUUUGUUUUUUACAGCUUAGUUACAUUGUAUUUUAUUAGUUAUUUUAUUUUACCCAUGUUUUAAAAUCAUUGUAAAGCGCUAUUGGAUAGCGGUAGAAAUAGCGCAAUAUAAAUAAAGUAUUAUUGUUAUU